AUGCAAUCCCUCCUUCUUAUCUUAAUCACCGUUACCGCUCUCCUCCUCUCCAGCGGCACCACCGCCACACCAGGCUUCACCCGCCCCAUUCCAGCUCCCCCCUCAAAACUCACACCGCCUCCAUCCGUUGAGGUAGCCGCGAUCCCUGGGUCGCAGAUAACACAAGCGGCAGCAGCCGCUGCCUCCCCAACGCUCAUGCCCCGCCAGUUUCUGCCGGUAUUCUCAGUACUAGACCCAGUAUACCAGCAUUCAGUCGUGGUACAACACAGCAUAUUGUCGUACGCCGUGCCGUCGACGAAUGUCUUUACUUUGGAGAUUUUCACGAUGUCGGCGUCGAGUAAAGGUCCGACGACGACGGCACCGCCACCACCACCUCCUUUUGGCCCGGGGCAUCCUCCUGCUUUUCAGCCAAAGCCUACGAUAGUGUCGGUUUUGGGGGAUAUGCCGGAACAUCCUCUUCCGGAAGGAAAACCUGUUCCAGGGAGACCUGCUCCAGAGAGGCCAGAGGAGGAAGUCGAGCAGGUCGAGUUUGGUGUGGAGGAGGAAUGGGAGGUUGAGGCUGAAGUAGAAGAAGGGCAAGAGGAAGGUGAAGAAGAAGGGACAGACGCUGAGGGUGAUCCAGUGAGCUUUACCUACACUACGCUGGUUCUGACAAUCCCUGUACACCCCCGUGCGGUGACCGAGACGCCUCUGACUGUGAGGGAUCAAAGGACCGUAGGGAGUUCGAGAGCGCAACCGACGAGGCGCAGUAGUUCGUUCGUUGCAUGA